UCUGUAUUUGACAGUUGCUUCGUUUUUCCAAAUAAAAUUCAAUAAUUCGUUAUGUCCGUCGAAAAUAAAACACGCGUUCCCAAUUUUUCAAAAUCGGAAACAGAAUUGCUCACAAGCUUGGUGAGACAAUAUAGCCAUAUAUUGGAAAAUAAAAAAAGUGAUAUGACAAAUAAUCAGCUGAAGGAGCAAACUUGGUCAAAGCUGGCCAAAGAAUUCAACAGUUUGUCGUCAUUUGUGUUCAGAAGUGACAAGACUCUUCGCGCAAAGUAUGACAAUAUAAAAAAGAGGGCCAAGACCAAAUAUAGUACGUUUCGGAGAAGUUUGUAUGGAACAGGGGGUGGACCAUCCGCUGAAAUUAAUUUCAGUCAAGAAGAGGAAGUGGUAAUGGAGUUAUCUGGGACUAGUGUGAUGGGAUUACCAUCUCGCAAUGACUGUGAUGAGAUAGUAAUAACAAAGGAAACAAAGGAAAAAUAUGCCGAGACCAGCCAAGACACAGCACUUCCGGCAAAAAAUAAUGAAAAUAUACUGGUGUGUAUUAAUUUUAUAUAAAAAAAAAUCUGCCUAUUCCCAAUCCUAACAAGAACAGUGCUUUGCAGAAUAUACCACAGUAGGCCUGUGUCUAUAGGCUAGUGAGAAAGUGUUAAGACAUAAUGUGUGCCAGAACGAGGUCCACUGUCCUGCCUGUUACUACCACAAACCAUACAAGUGUUUCAUUUUCUUAAUCUGAAAGCCUGAAGCUGGGAGGACUUUAAAAUUUGUUUUUAUUAAACUGAUUUGUAUUUUCUUUGCCUUAGAUUGAUGAAAAAAUUAUUGAAUCAGAAACCCCAAAGAGCAGUAAUUUUCUAUUAAAGAGAAAAAUAUCUACACCCCUCACCAAAAAGAAUCCAGAAGUGUUCAAUAAAACAAUGAACAAUUAUAGUGCCUUGGCCAAUAAAAAAAUUAAAUUACUGGACGCACAAAUUGACAAUUUAAAUAAAAAACAAGAACAAGAAGUAAAGGAGCAUGAACUGAGAUGUACACUUCUACAAUUAGAAAUUGACAUUAAAAAAAAAGUACUCGAUAGUUUUAAUUAAUUGAUAAAAUGCGUUGUAAUUAAAUAUAUAUGUGAUUGUAAAUUGUUGUAACUGUGUAAUUAAAUGUAAUAAAAAAAGA